AUGUUGGUGACAUUCCAGGAUGUGGCUGUAGACUUCACCCUAGAGGAGUGGGGCCUCUUAGCCCAUCCUCAGAAGGAGUUGUACAAGGAGGUCAUGCUGGAGAAUGCUCAGAAUCUGCUCUUCUUGGGGCUUCCUGUUCCCAGAGAAUAUUUGAUGUAUUCUGAGGAAAGUGAAGCACCAUGGAUGCUGGACCAAGAAGGCCUGAGGAGCUGCUGUCCAGAAGGAGAAAUUGGACCUGAAAUGAAAGAGACUACUGAAAAGCUGAGGAUUUCUGUGAAAGAAACUCACAAAGAAAGCUUCAUGUGUGAUAGUUCCUGUGACUUCCCUGGGAGAAAAAUCUGUGAUGUAUUUCACAGAAUCCACACAGGAAAGAAACCUUAUAUUUGUCAUCACUGUGGGAAAGAGAUAAAUCAACUGUCAUCCCUGAUUUGCCAUCAAAGAAUUCGUACUAGAGAGAAAUCACAUGAGUGUCAUGCAUGUGGUGAACCUUUUGGUGAACACUCAUCCUUCAUUACUCAUCACAGUGUUCACGGUGACAAGAAACCUUAUGAAUGUACUCAGUGUGGAAAGGCUUGGAGUUGCAGCUCUAGUCAUGCUGUACAUCAGAGCAUCCACACUGGAGAGAAACCUUAUAAAUGUGAUAAAUACAGAAAGGCAUUCACACAGAGCUCCAACCUUAUUCAACAUCAGAGUAUUCACAAUGUUGGGAAACCUUAUGUAUGUAAUCAUUGUAGAAAAGCAUUCAGAUUUAAAAGCCAUCUUACUGUACAUCAGAGAAUCCACACUGGGGAGAAACCUUAUGAAUGUAAUCGAUGUGGAAAGGCUUUCACACAGAGCUCUAACCUUACUCAACAUCAGAGAAUCCACAAUGGUGAGAAAAGUUAUGAAUGCAAUCAAUGUGGAAAGGCUUUCAUACAGAGCUCCACUCUUACUGCACUUAAGAGAAUCUUCACUGGAGAGAAACCUUAUGAAUGUAAUCAGUGUGGAAAGGCUUUCAGAAUCAACUCCCAACUUGCUACACAUCAGAGAAUCCACACUGGGGAGAAACCUUAUGAAUGUAACCAAUGUGGAAAGGCUUUCACGCAGAGCUCCAAUCUUACUGUACACCAGAGAAUCCACACUGGGGAGAAACCUUAUGAAUGCAAUCAAUGUGAAAAGACUUUCAGAAUCAACUGCCAUCUUACUGUACAUCAGAGAAUCCACACUGGGGAGAAACCUUAUGAAUGUAAUCAGUGUGGAAAGGCUUUCAGAAUCAACUCCCAACUUGCUGCACAUCAGAGAACCCACACUGGAGAGAAACGUUAUGACUGUAAUCAAUGUGGAAAGGCCUUCACAGAGAGCUCCCAACUUGUUGUACACCAGAGAAUCCACACUGGGGAGAAACGUUAUGAAUGUAAUCAUUGUGGAAAGGUUUUCAGAAUCAAAUCCAAACUUGCUGCACAUCAGAGAAUCCACACUGGAGAGAAACCUUAUGAAUGUAGUCAAUGUGGAAAGGCUUUCACAGAAAAGUCUCGUCUUAUUGCACAUAGGAGAAUCCACACUGGGGAGAAACCUUAUGAAUGUAAUCAUUGUGGAAAGGCUUUCACAAUAAGCUACAAUCUUGCUGUACAUCAGAGAAUCCAUGCUGGGGAGAAACCUUAUGAAUGUAAUCAAUGUGGAAAGGCUUUCAGAAUCAACUCCCAACUUGCUGCACAUCAAAGAAUCCACACUGGAGAGAAACCUUAUGAAUGUAAUCAAUGUGGAAAGGCUUUCGCAGAGAGCUCCAGUCUUGCUGUACAUCAGAGAAUCCACACUGGGGAGAAACCUUAUGAAUGUAAUCAGUGUGGAAAGGCUUUCACACAGAGCUCCAAUCUUGCUGUACAUCAGAGAAUCCACACUGGAGAGAAACCUUAUGAGUGUAAUCACUGUGGAAAGGCUUUCAGAAUCAACUGCCAUCUUACUGUACAUCAGAGAAUCCACACUAGAAAGAAUCAUUAUGAAUGUGAUCAGUGUGGAAAGGCUUUCAGAGAGAAAUCCAAAUUUGCUGUACAUCAGAGAAUCCACAGUGCAGAGAAACUUUACGAAUGUAAUCAGUGUGGAAAGGCUUUCACAAAAAACUCUAGUCUUAUUGCACAUAAGAGAAUACACACUAGGGAAUAACUUUAUGAAUUUA